UCCGAUCGAGCUAACCCAAAAAUCACAGCGAAAUUACUGAACUAUGAGUGCGGAGCUGAAGAGGGACUACGAGAUCGGCGAGGAGAUCGGUCGCGGCCGCUUCGGCGUGGUCCACCGCUGCACGUCGCGCGCCACCGGCGAGGCCUUCGCCGUCAAGUCCGUGGACCGGUCGCAGCUCGCCGACGACCUCGACCGCGAGCUCGCGGAGACGGAGCCCAAGCUGGCCCAGCUCGCCAGCAAGGGCAACACGGGUGUGGUGCAGGUGCACGCGGUGUACGAGGACGAGAUGUGGACCCACAUGGUGAUGAGCCUGUGCUCCGGCCCGGACCUGCUCGACUGGAUCCGCCUCCGCCGCGGCGCGCCCGUGCCGGAGCCCGUGGCAGCCGCGGUCGUCGCGCAGCUCUCCCAGGCGCUCACGCUCUGCCACCGCCGCGGGGUGGCCCACCGCGACGUCAAGCCCGACAACGUCCUCAUCGACGCCGCCGGCGACGGCGAGGAGGAGGAGAACGGCGAGGCCGAGGUCCCUCGCUUGCGGCUCGCGGACUUCGGGUCCGCAGCGUGGAUAGGCGCGGGGGGCUUGGGCCGCGCGGAGGGGCUCGUGGGGACGCCCCACUACGUGGCGCCCGAGGUGGUGGCAGGCGACGAGUACGGCGCGAAGGCGGACGUGUGGAGCGCCGGGGUGGUGAUGUACGUGCUGCUCUCGGGCGGCGCCCUCCCCUUUGGCGGCGAGACCGCGGCGGAGGUGCUAGCGGCCGUGCUGCGGGGCAGCGUGCGGUUCCCGCCAAGGCUGUUCGGCGGCGUGUCCACGGCGGCCAAGGACCUCAUGAGGCGCAUGAUGUGCCGCGAUGCCUGGAGGAGGUUCUCCGCCGAGCAAGUCCUCGCUCACCCGUGGAUCGUGAGCGGAGGAGGCGCCCGAGCAAUGGAGCAGCCAACCUGAAGGCCUUCAGAGCAGAGGCAGACUGGUAGACCAUGGCGGGCGUGUAUCGCCGUAGAGAUACGGUGAUGAAUACCGACGUUGUUGUGUAUACGGUUUUGUACGUACAACGCGACGGACCGGAGAGGCAGAGAGAGACUGUACGUAGUGUACCUUGCUGCCGGCUGCAGAUAGUGUCGCGGUAUCGCAGCAGAGCAAUCGACGAAGAAGCUUUUAGGCUUCUGUUUUUUCGUCAGUUUUUUGGAUGCUCUUCCUCUGAAGAGCGCACUUUCGGCUUCUUUUUUCCUGUUCUACUAGUAGCUGGUUGUAUAUAAAUUGACCAUCUUGUACAAAUGGAGCUAAAUAAAAUAGGGGUGUUCCUAUACUUCA